AUGACGAUCGCUAGGGUUAAAUCCCGCGUCCGAUUCUCCGGCCGGGUCAAGCGAGAUAGAAAGAACAGAAAACACUUUCCAGAAAAUUCGAAACCAAAGAAGACAAACAACGAUACGCAUGGUCCGACAAAAGCCCCCAAAGGUAGAGACCUUUGCUUCGGACGCUACUAUCACCAGACGAACCCGCUGACCGGCUCAGUGUACAUGUUUCCUGUUGAAAUCGACAAUCGAAUUUAUGAUGAUAGCAAUUCUGUUGACGAUGAUAUGGCAUCUUUCCUCAAGAAGCGUGUACUAACUACUGAUGAUCAAGAGUCUGAUGGCGCCUUCAAAAGCGGUCUUAGAACUGCACUAAUACUAUGCAGGAUCUCUCUGGUUACAGAAAAUCCAGAUAUCGCUGGUGGCGAUGCUGAUGAGUACGAUCACGAGCCGAGCGGCGCCUCUAAUGACGGCCACUUAGCUGAACCGAAAGACUCCUGUGUUCCGUCUGUCUCAGUCAUUCUAGACGCAUCAGAAAGCGUCACAGAUGAGAAUGACGAACCACCCAGCUCCCUUCUGAUGCAAGCACCACUAUGGGCGUGGCCGGCGGAGUGGUUUCCGGCAGACUCUAUUCCUGCAGCACCAGCGACUACAACAGGUUCAUCUUCAGAGGUGAAAUGCGGUACAUCAGAUUCAUCACUAGUAACGACAGACACAACGGUAGAUCCAUAUCGAGCCAAGGACAAGACAAUAAUAGAUCCAUCGCCAAGGACAGAAGAUAGUACAGCAGAUUCAUCACCAGUGGUUGGAGAGUCUGUGGAAGUCUCGUCAUCGGCGACAGCAGAUAACACGGCCGUCUCGUCGUCAGUGGUAUCAGAAACUAUAUCAGAUCUCUCGUCAGCUUCGGCAGAGACUAUAUCAGAUCUAUCAUCAGAAUCGGUAGGUGUCGCAGCAGACUCGUCAUCAGCGGCAACAGUUACUGUGACAGGUCUACAUCCAGGCGCGGCAGUUACUACAGUAAACUCGACUUUAGUAACGGCAGCUCCGACACCAAAUUCUGGUCCAGUGGUGAUGAAGAGCACAGCAGCACCCUCUCUGGGACCAUGGCAUAAAUGGUUUGUUCGUCUCUUUGCGGGACGCAAAUCCAACAAGUCUGACAGUCCUCCUCAAUCAACUCCCGAACAACCCAUCUCUAUCAUAUCCUGGGCUAGAGAGCGCAGUAGUUCCGAAGCAGACGUUGUCCUACCUCCACUGCCACGUCUCGAACUCCCGAGAGUCCUUCCAGAAACUCGCCGUAAGAAGAACAGGGUCAUUGAUCGCCCGGGUUAUGCCAUCAACAUCCUUCAAGCGCCUUAUCAUGACUUCAUUGGCCGUGCUGUCCUCGAAGGAGAUGCAGAUGACGCGAGAGCAGUCCAAUGCGGCUUCAAAGUAGCAAGCAACUCGCACAUCGUCCCGCUCGCCCAACGUCGCAACAACUCUGACAGUAGUCUGCUGGACCGCGACGGAGAUGCUUGGGCAGAUUGGAACAAACUGAAUAUCACUGCCGAUGCCAUGCCUUUCGCAAAAUCUCAGUCAGACACCAACUUGCUACACCCUCGGACUGGCGCUCGGAUGGCGCGAAACACCAGUAUGUACAGCGCCGAGUGGACCAAGGGCCAGACUGGCCACUGCUUUCUUGAGGAUGCUGGACAUCGAUACCCUUUUGGAGGACUGGGCUUGUAG